AUGCAGGGGAGGACCUGGGGGCUGCGUCUGCUGCUCCUGCUGGGGUUGGGGCUGGAGUCCCAGGAGGCCCUGCCCCCACCCUGUGAAAGCCAGAUUUACUGCCAUGGGGAGCUCCUGCGGCAAGUUCAGAUGGCCAGACUCUACCAGGAUGAUAAGCAGUUUGUGGACAUGCCACUGUCCUCAGCUCCAGACCAAGUCCUGAGGCACUUCCACGAGCUGGCCCAGGCCUACAACCUCAGCAUCCCCCUGCAGGAGCUGCAAGUGUUUGUCCAAGAACACUUCUGGGCUGUGGGGCAGGAACUGCAGCCCUGGACCCCUGAGGACUGGAGAGACAGCCCCCAGUUUCUGCAGAAGAUCUUGGACCCCAAGCUGCGAGCCUGGGCAGGGCAGCUACACCAACUCUGGAAGAAGCUGGGAAAGAAGGUGAAGCCAGAGGUCUUCAGCCACCCCGAGCAGUUCUCGCUGAUCUACUCAAGACACCCCUUCAUUGUGCCCAGUGGGCGCUUUGUGGAAUUCUACUACUGGUACGGAAACGUCCCCAAUGGGGCCCGCGUGUAUUACCUGCAACGGAGCCAGCCCCCGCUCCUGACCCUCAUGAUGGACUGCUACGUGGCCCACACCAACGACACCACCUUCCUACGGGACCACAUUGAGACCCUGGCCUCGGAGCUGGACUUUUGGACUAAGAACAGGAGCAUCUCCGUGAGUUCCGGGGGAAAGAGCUACAGCCUGAAUCGCUAUGAAGUCCCUUACGGGGGCCCUAGGCCAGAGUCUUACAGCAAAGACGCAGAGCUGGCCGCCACCUUGCCGGAAGGGAACCGGGAAGCUCUGCUGGCCGAGCUCAAGGCCGGGGCCGAGUCUGGCUGGGACUUCUCCUCACGCUGGCUCGUGGGAGGCCGGAACCCCAGUUCACUCAGCAGCAUCCGAACCAGCAAGCUGGUGCCGGUUGACCUCAACGCCUUCCUGUGCCAGGUGGAGGGGCUCAUGAGCAACUUCUACUCCAGACUGGGGAAUGACUCUGAAGCAGCAAAGUACAGAAAUCUGCGAGCCGAGCGCAUGGCUGCCCUGAAGGACGUGCUGUGGGAUGAGGACAAAGGGGCCUGGUUUGACUAUGACCUUGAGAAUGAGAAGAAGAAUCUGGAGUUUUACCCAUCCAACUUUGCUCCUCUCUGGGCCGGCUGCUUCUCUGACCCAGACGAUGUGGAUAAAGCUCUGAAAUACCUGGAGGACAGCCGGAUCCUCACCUACCAGUAUGGAAUCCCGACCUCUCUCCAGAAGACAGGACAGCAAUGGGACUUCCCCAAUGCCUGGGCCCCCCUGCAGGACCUGGUCAUCAGAGGUCUGGCCAAGUCUCCUUCAGCCAAAGCCCAGGAAGUAGCUUUCCAGCUGGCCCAGAAUUGGAUCCGAACCAACUUUGAUGUCUACUCCAAAAAGUCAGCCAUGUAUGAGAAGUAUGACAUCAGCAAUGGUGGACAGCCAGGUGGUGGAGGGGAGUAUGAAGUUCAGGAGGGGUUUGACUGGACCAAUGGUGUGGCCCUGAUGUUGCUGGACCGCUAUGGGGACCGGCUGAGCUCAGGGGCCCAGACCACUUUCCUGGCGCCCUACUGCCUCGCAGCCGCCCUCCUGCUCAGCCUCCUGCCACAGUGACGGGUCUUCAGGUCUCCAUCUGGCUGCAGCUCCUGCCGAUUCAACCUCCACACACAUCCCUACCUUCUCCUGUGCCUCGAUCCUUUAUUCCUGGACAGCCCACCCCCUCCCGGCCCCUGCCCCAGCCCAGUCCUUGGUCACAGUGGAGUGGGGGCAGGGCAAGGACCUGGGGGUCAUGGUUGGGCCCUGGGUCCCUCCUGGGACAUUUAAUAGGCUAGAGAUGCUGCCCCGUGGAUCAGACCUAGU